UAAGCGUUUGAGUCUCCUUGAUCUUUCAGAUAACUUAUUCUCUGGAGAACUCCCUUCUUGUUGGGGAAAUAUGAUGUUUUUGACCGUGUUUAAUUUGGCAAACAAUAAUUUCUCUGGAAAAAUCCCUGAUUCUAUUUGUAGUUCCAAGGGAUAUGGGCUUCAAACAUUGCAUUUGCAGAACAACAAUUUUAUUGGAGAACUACCCAAAUCAUUGGUAACUUGCUCUUCAUUGAAGCUUCUAGAUCUCGGAGAAAACAGACUCUCUGGGAGGAUACCAGCAUGGAUAGGCACAAGCCUACCAAAUUUGAUUGUUCUUCGCCUUCCAUCAAACUUGUUUAUGGGUCGCAUACCAUUACAAUUAUGCCAUCUAACAUCUCUUCAAAUCCUGGACCUCUCUCAGAACAAUAUUAUAGGGACUAUACCAAAAUGCCUCAAUAACUUCACUGUCAUGGCUCAAACACAAAGUUCAAAUGUAAGCAUUCUUCAUACAUAUGUUUCUUCUUCUUCUGGGACCUCCUUCCAGUUUACUUCCACCAACAUUGACAAUUUAUUGGUGACUCUCAAAGAAAAAUAUGUCAAGUAUGAUAAAACUCUUGGACUAGUAAAGGUCAUUGAUCUUUCGAGCAACAGAUUGAAAGGAGAAAUUCCGCAAGAAAUAACAAGUCUCUCUGGAUUAAUUGGCUUGAACCUAUCUAGAAACUUGUUGACUGGCAUUAUCCCUCAGAAUAUUGGUGACAUGGAGAGAUUGGAGUCUUUGGACUUGUCGAAAAAUCACCUUUCAGGCAUAAUUUCCCCCAGCCUAACUACUUUAAGCUUACUAAGCUAUUUGAACUUGUCAAACAACAACUUGUCGGGUAAAAUCCCAUCAGGUACCCAGCUUCAAAGCUUUAGUGCUUCGGCAUAUGCAAGUAACCAAGAACUUUGUGGCUUGCCUCUUCCGAAAAGGUGUUUGGGAGAUGAAGCAACUCAAGAUCCUCAAAUUGGUACCAAAUAUGGAGAUGGCAAUAUUGAAGAACAUGCAAACUCCCACGAAGAUCUAUGGUUUUAUGCUACCAUUGCACUCGGAUUCAUUGUUGGAUUUUGGGGUGUUUGUGGACCAUUGUUAUUGAAGAGUUCUUGGAGGCAUGCCUAUUUCCGAUAUCUAGAGAGAAUAAGAGAUAGGCUCUACAAGAUAAAAGAUAUCAGUAAGGCCAAAUUAUUGAAAACUUCCAAGACUCAUCACAAUCAAGAAAAUAUUUAGUCCAGAUUUCCACUGAUAUCAAGAGUUGCUGCUGCUUCUGCACAUGGAACUAUGAGCGUCUUCUAUUCUCUAAUUUGAAUAAUAAA